GCUUCUUUCCAACAGCUGAGCAAAUGCAGCUCUCUGUGGCCUCCUGCGGUUUGUAGGUGAUGGAAAGCCUUCGACUUUAGCAGACUACUCGUACAGACAUCUGGGGCUGCCUUUGUCCUAUAGUACUAAGUGCUGCGUUCCGGAUGUUUUCAUUGGGACUGGAGAUGAAAGCACUGGACUUUUAGACAUUUGUUUGAGCGUGUGCCCCUAGUCACCUGUCCUCCCUCAUGUGGGGAGACAGCAUGGUAUGAUGGUAGAAGAAUGCAGAGAUCUUUGUGGAUGGUUCUGAUCUCUGGGACUGCCUGAGUGGGAUGGAAACUGAAGUGCUUUCUCCACGUCUACUUAAGUCUUAGGGUUUGUUACAACUACCCAGGUAAUUCCACAGUGGGGAGAUCCAUCCUCAGACAAGUGCACAGUGGGGGCUGAUGUUCACAAACUGUAUGUAGAAAAUACCUGACCAAGCAUGUUAACUUAUGCCUGUAAUCCCAGUUGUCAGGGCAGAGGCAAGACAGUCUCUGAGUUCUAGGCCAGCCUGGUCUACAGCUCGAGUUCCAGGCUAGCAAGGGUGCACAUAGUGAGACCCUGUCUCAAAAAGGAAAGAAACGCUUUUCUAGCUCCCUGGCCAUCUUGGCGGCUGGUCUUGGUUGGGGGCUGUCCCGCACCUAAGAAAGGAAGAUGGUGGCCGCAAAGAAGAUGAAAAAGUCUCUGGAGUCAAUCAACUCUAGGCUCCAACUUGUUAUGAAAAGUGGAAAGUACGUGCUGGGGUACAAACAGACUCUGAAGAUGAUCAGACAGGGCAAAGCGAAAUUGGUUAUCCUUGCCAACAACUGUCCAGCUUUGAGGAAAUCUGAAAUAGAAUACUGUGCCAUGUUGGCUAAAACUGGUGUUCAUCACUACAGUGGCAAUAACAUUGAAUUGGGCACAGCAUGUGGAAAAUACUACAGAGUAUGCACACUGGCUAUCAUUGACCCAGGUGAUUCUGAUAUUAUUAGAAGCAUGCCAGAACAGACUGGUGAAAAGUAAACCAGGAAAGUUUUUCUUUAAUAAAACUUUACCAGAGCUCCUUUUAAAAACAAAAAAAAAAAAAAAAAGGAAAGAAACUUCGGGUACUCAAAGACAGGGAGAAAACACACUGAAUACAGGCUGUUAUCAUAUGAAGGGUAGAGAUGACCACCCAUUCUCACUGGUGUCUCAGAAUACUUUUUAAGCAUCCACAUUUUAUAGUUUAAAAACUCUAAAGGUCAUGGUAACAAUGUGCCAGUCUUGAUCAGGGUUCAAGAUACCAGCCUAUGCUGUGUAGCAAAACAAACAAUAACAAAACCCAAAACAUCCCCACCACCAAGAGUAAAACAAAUAUGUGUGAGUGUUCUGCUUACAGGUGUGGUUUCUCUGUGUUUUCAUAAAUACAUUGCUACCACUGAAUUAAACUUUUUGAAACAUUAGAAUUUUGUGACUAAAAUGUUGUCUUCAUGUCAAGUGUUGUG